AGCUGGAAGGGAUUGGUUCACAACAGACCCACAGACUUACACCUAAGUGGAAGAUUGGCUCGACAAGGAGGAUUAUAUCUUUUGGUGACUAUUGCAGAUGGUGUCCAUCGCUCUCUGUAGUGAAAUGGAGACAGAGGCAUGUUGUGAGGAGCAUAAAGACCCCGCAGUGGAGCCCACAGAGCCUGAGGUAAGAGAGGCCAUUUCUGAGAUCUCUGACAAGAGGAGCCACAGCGAGCUGCCCUGCGGGUCUGCAGAGGGAGGAGAGGGGCUGCGAAGGAAAGAGCAGGCUGAAACAGAGAGCCGUACCGAACCGAGUAAAAGCACUGAGAUAAAAAGCACCAGUGACGGUGGAGAGACAGAAUGCAGAGAAAAGAGGAGACUGAAAAAAACGAACAGCUGGAAGAUGGUAAGAUUUCAAGACCCAUCAGAAGAGGACGAUGUUUUGGAGAAUGACACCUCGGCAGAGAGUCUCUUUCCAGGCUAUGCCAUUGAGGAGUGGACUUCCUCGACCUUUGAGAAGCUGUUCAUGGCAGAGAACUGGCAGGACAUCACAGAGGACCGGCUGUUGAGGAAGAAGGUGCUGGAGCCUGGGGCCCCGCUCGCCCCGUGCCCCACCUGGGGCCAGGAGGUUGCUGUGAAGAUGCAGUGUGUCGUGGAGGACCGCACUGUGGUGGAGAAAGACCGCAAUCUUGUCUUUGUUAUCGGCGAGGGAGAUGUAAACCAGGCCCUGGAGGAGUGCGUCAUGUCCAUGCAGAGGGGUGAGAUCACAUUGCUGCUGGCAGACUCACUGUAUGCCUAUGGACUGCUGGGAAGAGAGCCUGAUAUUCCAUCCUGGGCUCCGUUGCUCUAUCAGCUUCAGCUGCUGGACAUAAGAGAGAAAGCAGACCCAUUUGCUCUGCCCGUCGCCGACCGCAUCCGCAUCGGCAACCAGAAACGAGAGCGGGGAAAUUUUCAUUUCCAGAGAGAGGAAUACUGCAUGGCCGCCCGGGCCUAUUGUAUGGCUCUGGAUGUGCUAACCACAUGCAGCCGAGGUAACGCAGCCGGCGUGGCGGUAGAGGAGGAGGAGGUGCGGGACUACCGGGUGAAGUGUUUGAACAACCUGGCCACCGCUCAGCUCAAACUGGAGCAGUACGAGCAGGCGCUGCACACCACCCGGGACGUUCUGACCCUCGAGCCAAACAACGUCAAGGCCCUCUACAGGAUGGGAAAGGUCCUGUCAGACAAUGGUGAAUACAAAGAGGCGAUGGAGGUGCUAAAAAAGGCCUUGAAACUGGAGCCGGCCACCAAGGCGAUUCACUUGGAGUUAUCUAAACUCGUCAAAAGACAAUCAGGAGGCAAAGAUACUCAGGAGUGGAAACCCAAACCUGCAGAGAUGCUUGGAGAGAAUAUCGCACCUUUUCUGAUUCCCUCUAAGAAGGAACCAUCUGGACUUUCCUGGAAGUUUAUCCUUGGAGCUCUGGUAAUGGCCUUGGGGAGCUUAGUGACAGCAGUGAUUCUAACUGCAAGACACUGAAAGCAGAGCACUUUGAAAUUCUUCAUCACCGUCAUCAUCAUUAUCUGAGGGAGUAGAGUUUAGUUACCAGUCCUCUUCUGUCAACUGUGAGGAGUUUCCUCUGAUCACGAGAAGCAGCGUAAGAGCCCGAACGUGUGUGUAUUUACGCGUCUUGUCACUGAAAAUCUGAUAUAUUUAUGAAAAGGAGAAUAGUUCAGUACUGAUUGUAUUCACAAUAGCAGCAGAGUUUUAUAUAUAUAUAUUUUAUUUUGAAAUGGGAUCGCAUUCAAUCAACCAUCAUAAAAAUGGGUCCUGGAAUUUGUUCUUGUAUCACAGAUACUCAAACAAAAAAUAAAAUCAGUGGAACUUUUGUGAAGUCUGUAACCAAACCACAAAAAUUUAUUUUAGUAAACAAAUAACACUUUUAACAGCACAAAUUUGUGAAAAUAUCCUUUAAAUCAGUAACGUUGCACCGUUAUAUCACUUAUGCUGAUAUAAUUAAAAUACAAACUGUGUAGAAUAAAAACUGUUUAAACAAACGUGUUUGGUCUUUCCCUUCAUCUUUCAAGACCCGUUCAACUCUGUGAAAUAAGUUUGAUCUCAAAGGUGAAAAAAGUGCAUGAGAUUCAAAGUCUUUGCAGAUUGUUUCUCUUGGCUAAACCAUUCAAAUUAUUUAGGUUGAAUCUAAAGUGAGCCAUUGAAAUUCCUUAUUUAUAAGAUUAUAAAAUCUGAGACAUAAAGAAGUAUGAUUACCGUAUGUGCGCUUAUCUGUACAUGUGAAGAAACCGUUCAGCCCGAUUAGAGAAUUUAAAUUAAUCAAAAUAAAUCUAAGACUUGAGUUUGAAAUAUAUUUAAGGUUAAAACAUUUUAGGUUCUGCAUCGGAAAAAUUAAAAACCUGCUCCGUGGUAUAUUCCAAUAUGAAACAUCUACAGUCCACAGCAGUCGUUCAGAGUCUUCUUCGGGUUGGAUUGACUCAGUUUGACCUGUGAACCCGACUCGCGUCUCAAGUUGACAUUUUUCUUGACUUCUCUGUGAAAAUAAAGAAACAAAGAGGCUAAGAGACAUCAGGGUUUGUGAAGUUAAAAGACUCAACUCUGACUCCCUGUCUCCGGGCCUCCUACCUCGCGAGAUGAAGCACCGCCUCCACGACAUUGGUUCCCUCUUUGGCGCUGGUUUCGCAGAACAAGGCGCCGUAUGCCUGCGAGCAAAGCAUCAACAUACCUGAGUGAAGUCGGUUUAUUUAUACACCUGGGAGGGCAGGGCGUCUGUGUAAACACUCUUUUUGUUGCAUUGGACGGGACAAAAGUUUCUCACCUUGGCCAACUUCUCUCCAUGUAAGCUGCUCACACA